CCAUAUAUCAUAUCGACAGAAAAAAAAAAACACACACACACACAUAUCUCCGUUCUCAAAAUAACGACGGCGAACAAUUUGAUCUAAAAGAAAUGCAAUCGGCGGAGCAAUUAGUGCUCGAUCUCAGCAGUCCCGAUCUUCGCGAAAAUGCUCUCCUUGAACUCUCCAAGAAGAGGGAGCUGUUCCAAGAUUUAGCUCCAUUGUUAUGGAACUCAUUUGGAACUAUUGCAGCUCUGUUACAGGAGAUAGUUUCAAUAUAUCCCUUUUUGUCGCCACCCAACUUGACUCCAGCUCAGUCAAACAGAGUUUGCAAUGCGCUUGCUCUUCUUCAGUGUGUAGCCUCACAUCCAGACACAAGAAUGUUAUUUUUGAAUGCUCAUAUUCCUCUAUAUUUAUACCCUUUUCUGAACACAACGAGCAAAUCAAGGCCAUUUGAAUAUCUAAGGCUUACUAGCUUAGGUGUCAUUGGUGCACUGGUGAAGGUCGAUGACACGGAAGUCAUUAGUUUUCUGCUUUCAACGGAAAUUAUCCCCCUCUGUCUGCGGACAAUGGAAAUGGGCAGUGAAUUGUCAAAAACAGUUGCUACAUUUAUAGUUCAAAAGAUUUUAUUGGACGAUGUUGGGUUGGACUACAUAUGCACUACUGCUGAACGGUUUUUUGCCGUGGGUAGAGUUUUGGGGAAUAUGGUUGCUGCGCUUGCCGAACAGCCUUCUUCACGCCUCUUAAAGCACAUCAUCCGCUGUUAUCUUCGCUUGUCAGAUAAUGGAAGGGCAUGUGAUGCUUUGAGGAGUUGCCUUCCAGAUAUGCUACGAGACGCUACUUUUAGCAGCUGCCUUCGUGAGGACCCAACAACAAGGAGGUGGCUGCAACAGCUGGUUCAUAAUGUUCAAGUUCCCCGGGUUGCGAUUCAGGGAGGUGGAGGAUUUGAUCACAUGCUAGUCAACUGAAUGUCAGACUUCCAGCAAAUGUUUUAUUAAAAAGAGGUUUCCUAAUCAGUCAGUAGCGGAUCUUGUUUCUAUUAUUAUUAGACUCCUACUUCUUUUGAAACCUUGAUCGGUCAUGUUUAGUUUGUUUAUAUUCUAGCUAUCAUGUUCGGGGCUCUGUAAACCUAGCAAACAGUGGGCACCACUGUCAGUGUCAUGUGUAUAUCAAACUAAAUGGCUUAAUUUUAAUGUUUUUUUAUAUCA